CGUCGCCCUGUGCGCCAACACAUGCUGGGGCUUGGUCUACGUAUAGCGCGCCCCUUGGCUUCUCCUUCGUCAUUAUUCGUUGCCACCCGCUGGUGUCCUCCGUCACGCACUUUCCUUCAUCUCGCUGCCGUUACUCCCCGUCGUUCGCCAUGCUUAAACUCUUCUAGAUUACUUCAACUUAUAAGCUCAUCACGGACAUAUCCCAUUCGUUUCGCUUCUACUUCGUCCUCUGCUUCAUUCCCGACUGUUCACUCCGUUGCUGCCGUCACAAAAGCGGAGGUUGAGGCAGACGCAAAUCCUAACGAUGUUGCCGCGCAGGAACGGCUCUUUCGUUUGCUCAUUGAAUCGGAGAGACCGGCAGGAUGGAACGUACUUUUGAGUCGAUGGGAGCGUAUGUGCGAAUUUAAUCCUGGAUCGCCCUUACUGCACUCGGACGAAGCCUUUCAAUACUACCUUAUGGCUCUUGUCAAAUCCGGUCAUAACGCUAGCGUAACUCCUGCAGUUUCUCGGCGGGAGCAGCUCCUUCGUACACACCCCUUGCCUACGGAGCUUCAGCAAGACGAUACGGCAACUCUUAACGCAGGGCAACAGUUAACUCAGCCUGUAACUACCACCGAGUCAUUGGUCGCCUCAACUUCUGCAACUUCUGGUGCUCAUCUCCUGUCAUCACGUAGCCAAGAAAUUGCCAAACGGGUCCUUGCAACGGAGGCAGCGCAACUCCUAUCGACUGCUAAGAAAGGUUCUGCUCAGAUGAGUGCAUCUUCGGCGUUAAAAUCUGCUCCUCUCAGUACAAACAAUAGUGGUGGAGGUCCAGAGUCACCGAUCUAUGUUACUAUAGCUGAGACAAAGGGCGAGAUGUGGAGGAAGAUUGCCAAAACCGUCGUGUGGGCCGUUGUGGGAGGUUUCUUCAUUCUCGUGGUCUUUUCGCUAUUUUUGGAAAAUACGAAUCUUCUGAAGACUGGGCCGCGUGCGGCGGAGUUUGAACCCAUGAAGGGGAAGACGGUGAAAUUCAGCGACGUACACGGUGUAGAUGAGGCAAAAGAGGAAUUGAAGGAUGUCGUUGAUUUCCUCAAAGAUCCCGCUGCAUUCUCGACACUCGGUGGCAAAUUGCCAAAAGGCAUUCUAUUAACAGGAAGUCCAGGAACAGGAAAAACAAUGCUUGCUCGGGCCGUCGCAGGCGAAGCUGGUGUUCCGUUCCUGUUUGCGUCUGGGUCUGAGUUUGAGGAAAUUUUCGUUGGCGUCGGUGCAAAACGCGUCCGUGAGCUUUUCGCAACGGCACGGAAGAAGCAGCCUGCCAUUAUUUUCAUUGAUGAGUUGGACGCUAUUGGGGGAAAACGUAGUAAUCGCGAGCAGCAACACCUCAAGCAGACAUUGAAUCAACUUUUGGUCGAGAUGGAUGGUUUCCUACAGUCUGAAGGUGUCAUUGUAAUUGCUGCCACCAACUUCCCAGAAUCCUUGGAUCAAGCUCUAAUUCGACCAGGUCGAUUUGACAGGACUAUUGCGGUGCCCUUACCCGACGUUCGCGGACGUGUACAAAUUCUACAGCAUUUUAUGAAGGGCGUGAUUGCAGCGCCUGAAGUGGACACAAUGAUUAUUGCCAGGGGAACACCAGGCUUUUCUGGAGCGGAACUGCAAAACAUGGUCAAUCAGGCAGCUAUUCAAGCUUCCAAAGAAGGUGCCAAGGAAGUAACGCUCAAGCAUUUCGAAUGGGCCAAGGACCGCAUAAUCAUGGGAGCGGAAAGGAGGACGCAUUACAUUGACCCGAAGGACAAAAAGUGCACCGCGUACCACGAGGGCGGUCAUGCCUUGGUGGCUCUGUACACAGAGGGUGCUAUGCCUCUACACAAAGUUACUUGCGUGACACGAGGACAUGCACUCGGCCUAACGCAAUUCCUGCCAGAAGGUGACAAAGUGUCUAUGACGAUGAAAGAAUACCAAGCUUCUAUUGAUGUGUCAAUGGGAGGUAGGGUAGCGGAAGAACUGAUUUACGGCACGGAGAAUAUAUCAAGCGGAGCUUCAAGUGAUAUUCGCAACGCUACGAGGACGGCUUCAGCAAUGGUCCGACAAUUUGGCUUCUCUGACAAGAUUGGCCCUGUAUUCCACCAUGAGAAUGACAAUACUAUCAGUCCACAAAAGAGGGAGCUGAUUGAAUCAGAGAUCCAGAGAAUGAUUGUGGAAGGACAGGACCGGGCUCGUAGGCUCCUUAAGGAUAAAGAAGAGGAGUUACACAGGCUCGCGAACGCACUCUUCGAGUACGAAACUCUCGAUCUCCAGGAGGUGAAGAAAGUGAUCAAGGGAGAGCCUAUACGACCUGUAGAAGAGAAGCUUCUCGAAGUCAUAAAACAGUCCUCGGAAGAAUCGGACUCAAAUUCCACAACACCAGUACCGGAACCUACACCACAGCCAAUUGCAACUGUAUCAUAGAUUUUCACUAUUAUUUCCUUCUCCCACCUCGUUCCCACAUAGCCUGUUUCUUUCAUUGACUCACUACUUGGUUUUGCAUUUCUUGCUUUGAUCCAAUCUGACAAGUGAAUAUGACACGCGUAUGCAUUAAGUAGUAUACUAUUUUAAUAUAAAAGUGCUGUUAC